GAGGAAGAAGGAAAGUUUAAUUGAUAGGGAAAGAGAGAGAAAGAAAAUAAAAUAUAAUAGAUUACUAGGACACGAUUGUGAUCUUUUGUUUUGUGCGCUCUCCUUCUUCUUUUCUUCAUCCAUUGAUCUUCUUUAUAUAACCUUACUCUCUUUCUCCUUUUUCGAAUUUUUUCUAUCAUUUCUUCUUUCUCUCUCGGGAUCUAAUAUCUCUUUUCAAUAACCUAUUCCCGAGGAGAACUGUCAAAUCUUGUCCAUUUUACUUUCAGGGAUCCUUCGAUAUCUCUCUCUCUCUAUAGUUUUGUGCUGAAGUAUUCAAACUUCUGAUGAGAAGAUCUAGAACAUACAAUAGCCGAAAACAUAAAUAUUUUGUUAGGAGCUGUUGAAAAGGUUUCAGCUGAAUCUUGUAUCUAGAGUUUCUUCAGGUAAAACCCUAAUUCUCUGCCAGCCUUCGACUCUUAUUCCGAUCCUCACCUGCCUUCACAAAUAAUUUUGCUAGUUUUUGUUUCUUUUUAGGUAAAAAAAAACUCCUUUUGAAUCAUCUUUAAUCCUUUAUCAUCAUCUUCAACAAUCACCUUGAUUAUCAUCAUCAUAUUCAUCUCAUCAUACUCAGUGUUGCUGAUGCUACAAGCAAAGCAAAAUAUCAUAUAAAUCUAAAAUAUUAAUUUAAUAAAUUAACAACUAAUUAGGUUUCUUUUUAUGUGGUGUUAAGUAUAAAUUUUCAUUGGUUUGUAUACGACAAACUAGAAAAUCAAUCAUCAAAUAUUUGCAGUUUGUUUUCCUCUUUUUUUUUUGUCAAAAUUGUUUUCCUCUUCAUCUUCUGAACUUUACUUGUUUCGUUAUUACUUUCAUGCAAUUAAAUAUCCAAGAUGAUAUUAUACAAAUGAAGCAAUACUUAAACAUAAUUUUAUUUUAGUUACUCUUGUUCGAAAACAAGAGUUACUCGAUCUAGUGCACGAAUCUAAUUAAAUAAUUUUUAACUAUUAUCAUAUGAUAAUUGGGAAUUGUUUGGUUUGUUUCACUGAUUUUAGUUUUUGGGAAAUUUCAAUUAUAUACCACGAAUCUAAAUAAAAAUGAAUUAUUCUCGAAGAAAGAUAGUUUACCAUGUGAUUGGUCAUAAUCAUAUAUAAAUGUAACAAAACUAUUUCUUGUCAUAAGUAAAUUAAUGUAUGACGUUCUGUCAAUUCUGAGUGUAAUUUAUCCUCUUAUAAACUAAGCAUAGACGCUAAGACGCACAAUCAUAACCAAAUCACAUAAUUAUGUAGUAAAUGUAACUAGCUAUAACAUUAUAUCUUGUGUUCUUAGGUGCAUGAUUUUAUUUCCAAUUUGUUUGAUGCUAUUUUCUUAUAAGCAGGUUACUAAUUUAUCACGAAGACAAAGGAUGAAUUCAUUUUCCCUCGUUCCUCCGGGUUUUAGAUUUCACCCAACAGAUGAAGAACUUGUCGACUACUACCUAAGAAAAAAAGUUGCAUCAAACAGAAUAGAAAUCGAUUUUAUCAAGGACAUUGAUCUUUACAAGAUUGAGCCAUGGGAUCUUCAAGAUUUGUGCAAAAUUGGGCAUGAAGAGCAGAGUGAUUGGUACUUCUUUAGCCAUAAAGACAAGAAGUAUCCCACAGGGACUCGAACCAACAGAGCAACAAAAGUAGGGUUUUGGAAAGCCACUGGAAGAGAUAAGGCUAUAUACUUGAGGCAUAGUCUUGUUGGUAUGAGGAAAACACUUGUGUUUUACAAGGGAAGAGCCCCAAAUGGACAAAAAUCCGAUUGGAUCAUGCAUGAAUACCGCUUAGAAACUGAUGAAAAUGGAACUCCUCAGGAAGAAGGAUGGGUCGUGUGUAGGGUUUUCAAGAAGAGACUAGCUGCAGUUAGACGAAUGGGAGAUUAUGACUCAUCGCCUUCACAUUGGUAUGGAGAUCAGCUCUCUUUUAUGGCCUCUGAGCUCGAGACAAACGGGCCACGGCGGAUCCUCCCCAAUCAGCAGCAGCACCACCAGUACGAGCACCAACAGCAGUUACCAUAUGGCCUCAAUGCAUCUGCUUACAUUCUCAAUAAUCCUAACUUGCAAUGCAAGCAAGAGCUAGAGCUACAAUACAACCACCUGGUACAACAUGAUCUUCUUCAUGAAUCCCCUUUAUCAUUAAUUCAACUUCCUCAGCUUGAAAGCCCUAAUAUCCAACAAGCUUAUAGUAGCAACUCUCUUCCUUACGGAACAAGCAACAACGAUAAUAACUCGAGUGAGAUUGCUAACUUGCAGCAGUCAAAUCUCGCACAUGAAGAGCAAAUUAAUCAAGGGAAUCAGAGUUUCAGCUCUCUAUACAUGAAUAGCGGGAACCAGCAAGCGAUGGACCAAGUCACAGACUGGCGAGUUCUCGAUAAAUUUGUUGCUUCCCAGCUCAGCAACGAGGAUGCGGCCACAACUUCUGCUUCUCUACAGAAGAAUGCCAAGGACACAAGCAACGUGGAGUGCCAAGUUGAUGAAGAAAAAAAUCAGAAGAGGGUUUCAGACAUGGGAGACGAAUAUGCCGCUUCUACAUCUUCGAGUUGUCAGAUUGAUCUAUGGAAGUAAGCAAAAAGAGAAGACUUUAUCAUAUAAAUGCAUAUAUACAUAUAUCUAUAUACGUACACGCGAACACUAAUCAAGUGUAGAGAUGAUGAUGGUACAGAUUUAUAUUUUGUUUGAUUGAUUCUUACUACAUUAUUGAACUUAUAUAUGUUAUAUGAAUAUGUACAUGGCGUAUCGAUGCAUACAUACUUGUACUCGAUAUGAUUAACCAUAUAUACUCUAAUCUAAGUCAUGUAACUCCAAUAUUUUCUAGUAAACAGUUGUACCUUAAUUAUUAUUUGUCAUAUUCUCACUGUACUAUAUAGACAACUCAAUUUGUUCUUUAGAAGUGCACCAUAUUAAAGUUGAAAAUCAAGAUUCUUGAAUUUCAUAUUCUGGACAAUAAUGCUUGAAUUAUGUAUUUAUUAAACAUGUCCAAUAGUAUUAACACACAAUCUACAAGUCAUAAGUAUAUAUAGCAAAUUCAGAAUAUGUAUUCAAAUAAGACAUGUGGUCUGACCACUUACCGGAGUUGUGUUUAUGGGGAUAAUAACCCCAAGGAAGCUUGAAGGAUAUGUAUAACCAUAAAUAGUGAAAAAUAAAAUGGAGAAGAGAAUGUGGCUUGAAGAAGGUACACAAGUUUAAUGACAUCUUGGCUCGAACAAGAUUAUGUUAUAUAGAGACAAGCCGUAAAAAGAAGGGAAACAUUUUCAUUGUUUCUUCUAGUCGCAAGAAGAAACCAAAGGUAAUCACUUUAUUCUCAUGAAGAAUUUUAUACUUAUUGUGUUUGCUUCGAGGUGGGCAUAAAAAGAAACCGUAGAUUAUAAUUUACUUCGAUAGUUUUUCUAAUACUUUUACCGCGUUUAGUGAAUAGUAGUAUAAUAUGAGACUAAAUAUUACUAAAAACAUGCAUUAGUUAGCAUUUUUACCUGUAGAAUUUUAUACAUAAUGCAUAUAGCUAGAUCCAAAAAUGAAAAAAGUGCAAAUAUUUCAAGUUCCAAAACCAAAUUUAUAACCUAAUUUUCUAAAUUGUUUUUUUUUAGAUUCAGCUUAUCCACUAUUUUAGUCAUCUUCGGUUUAUAUUAUUUACUUACAAACUUAUAUAUGCAAGCGAAAAAUACAUACAUCUCAAUCACAUAUGAUGGUUACAGGAAAUACCUUAUUAUCAUAAUUCUUUUAUAAGUUAUGCGGACUGCCUUGUCUGUUAAACAUCAGCCGUAUUCGUUCACUGUUUGCAUAUUGCGAUAUAUGAUGUUUAGUGAAAUGCAAGGUUAUAAGAUUAAAAGAACAAUUUUGAAAAUAUAUUCAAAUGAGCUGACUCUUAUAAUCAAUAUACUUAUAUACAAGAGAUAUAGUGAUUUGCAACGAUAUAAACCAUUACUCUUUAAACGUCCAACCCAAAUCUAAUAAGAAGACCAAAUCAGAUGUUUAAGACCAGUUUGAACCCGAAUCUCCAUAUUAUUUUCAUUUGAGUCUAAAUGUAUUGAUAUUUUAGAAUUGUGUUUGACGCGAAUUAUUUUUGUCCAUUCCAUAAGAUAUUCAUCGUAUGUUCUAAGAUUCCUUAGGAAAUUUCAUCAAUUAACAAGACACUCAGUAUCGCUAUGCUGCAAGAUAUUCCAACGAAAAGUAACGAGUAUUGUCAUUUAUCAAUGUGAAAUUAUUUUUUAAAUUACUGUUUCAGAAAUAUGAGAAAAUGAUCGAAAUCUUACGCAUUUAUUUUGGUGCAAGGAACAUCAUCAUUUGGCGUGCUCUUUGGGUUUGACAAACACGGUCCAACGGAGAAGCUUGGAUAAUAUAAAUCCAAAAUUUCUAAUUAUCCUUGCCUAAAAAAACAAAAUAAUAACCCAUUCUAAAUUUUGUUUUGAUUUAUACUCCCUCUGUUUUUCUUUAGAUGACGUUUUAGAAUUUUUUCUUUUACCUAAAUAAAUGACGUUUGUAGUUAUCUAGGUAGCUUUUAGUUUAAAAUGACUUAUAUUGUCCUUUCAUUAAAUAAUGAUCAACAACAACACUUGACUAACAACAAUCAUACGUAUCAUUAAAUAAAGGUUAUAAAAGGUAUUAUGCAGAGCUUCUUAAACUGUGUGAAAAUUGAAAAACGUCAAGUAUAAUGGAACGGAGGGAGUAAUAAUUAACCACCAAUCUGUCAAUACAUAUAAGAAAAUCCGAGUAACACUAAGCAUAAUAUAAGACAAAAACAUGUGAAGUGUCAUCAUUAGUGUUUCUUACUUUCUUUAUCUAUAGGCCACAAAUCCCAAGACCAUAAUAAUUUCUGAAUCUAACAAAGUUUGAAGUAAUUAUUUUUGAAUUGUUUUUUUGUCGUUAUUCAAUUGUUACAAUGUACUACAAGACUAAUUUUUUGAACUCUCAUAUAAAAAAAAAAAAAAAAUAUAUAUAUAUAUAUAUAUAUAUAUAUAUAUAUAUAUAUAUAUAUAAUUGCUAGGGCAAUUUUGUUAAUCAAAAUUCUUAAUAUAAUUCAAAAGAAAAUGUCAAAUUUCAUAGAUAAAUUAUAGAUUAGGGAACCAGUUUUUAAUUUAUUUGAAAGUGCCAAUGUGCUUUUCCAAUUCUUGUAAAUUAAACUAUUAGCAUGAAAGUGAGUGCUAGGAGGCAACCUAGUAGAGAUCCAUCGGUUAAGCAGACUUUAGACCAUCAACAAUGGAGAUCAUAUAAAUGGUGAGAUAUUCCCCUUGAAAAACCCCCAUUGGUCAUGCCCUUUAGAAUCUUUGUCUUGAGAAACAAAAUUAAUCACUGUCUCCUUUCAGUGUUAUCUUUUCAUUUUUAACAAGUACAUGAUUAUUGUUACACCUUGGUUCCUAGACAUUGUGUAGAGAAAAAAAUACCAAUAAUAUCGGUGACAUACGGUUCAAUUAGAACCAAUAGAUACUACAUUUUGGAAUGCCGGAUUCGUGUUCUCAUUGCCUUACCACAGCAGCGUAUGCAUGUUCUCUGUUCUGUCUUUCUCUCGUGCUGAGUCCCCUGGAAGCACAUGGAAGCUCAAUGUUUUAAGAGUUUGCUUGUCUCUCCAAGCUUAUGACAUUACAGAUAUUAAACCUGAAUUACUAAACCAAGAACAUAGAGAGUAUGACAACAAAUACUCUGUGGGGCCAGGAUACCUCUGUAUAAUUCAAAAAAAAUACUCUGUUCUAAAACCCUCUCUGCCAUCCGAAGGUCCAGUUACUAAAGGAAUUCAUAAUUUUACUACAAAUAAAACAACUUUAUUUCACCAAAAUUUUAAUAAAGAUAAUGAGAAAAAAAAUUCUCAAGUAACCCCUUUUUCUUACAUAUAAUGAAUCAAAUUAAACCCCAAUAGAAUAAUUGAACGACUACACUGGAAAAAUAACAGAACGAUAUUUAUAAGUUUUAACAAGUAAAUCUACA